ACAUAUCAGAAUACAUUAACAACUCCCAUAAUGCCGUUAAUCAUGUCAGCUUCAGGCAGGAACAGCACGUUUAACAGAUCGCCGUCUCUGAAAUCCUUUUAAAUUUGAAAGAAUUGAUGAAGGAAAGAUCAAAAAGACAAAAAAUGAUGAAGGAACUGUGUGCAGCAUCCUACGUCGGGAGUACGAAACGCUCAGGUAGCAGGAAUCGAUAUAUCAGGCCUUUGAUUUACGUUACUCUCGUCACCGGGAUGCUCGCUUUCGUCUUUGUGUUUCUGAAUCGCGCCUUUUCAUCCUAUAUACGAAGAACCGACUGCAAUUUUUGGCUUCCAAAUGUUACUGGCAAAUGCACCUCUGAAAAUUUUCAACAGACCUUUGCCCUUUCUUCACCGAAAAGGCGCAGCGGAACUAAAAAUCCAGCUGAGGAAAUUCAAAGAGAAUUUCAAAAUAUAUUCUCCAAAGAAUCUUCAGACAUGGUCGCUAACGGCCCGUCGGUUCUGAAUAUAGGAAAAGAUGGUGACGAUAUAUAUCUCAAUUUGUCUGCUUUUCGAAGGAGCUACGCUGAGAUGGAAAUGAAGUUCAAGAUUUAUGUGUACAAGGAUGGAUUAAUGCCGCUGGUUCACCAAGGUCCUAUGACAGGAAUUUAUGCGUCGGAAGGUUUAUUCAUCGACACAAUGGAACAGGGCAAUCAGUUUACCACAGAGGAUCCAGAGAGAGCGAAUAUGUUCUUUCUUCCCUACAGCGUUAGGCAAAUGGUCACUUAUUUGUACAAACCGUUUUCUCGAAGCAUGCAGCCUAUCAAAAGCAAUAUCAGCAACUAUGUGCGAAACAUCUCAGUUGCACAUCCAUAUUGGAACAGAACAAGAGGCAGAGACCACUUCUUCGUUUCUUGUCACGAUUGGGCUGUCUACACUCUCAGAGAUCACGCGGAGCUGUCCAAGAAUGCGAUAAAGGUAGUUUGCAACGCAGAUAAAUCCAGCAGUUUCAAUGCAAAAAGAGACGUUUCGUUGCCAGAAAUAGCCAUAAGAAGAUGCAAAUUAAUGUCAAAGAACAGAACAAAUGAGCUUGGUGGGCCGGGCCCUACAGAGCGGCCAUUCCUAGCAUUCUUUGCUGGGCAAAUGCAUGGCACCCUGAGGCCCGAAAUCAUAAGACUUUGGUCAAAUCCCGACGAUCCUUCCAUGAAAAUAUUCGGCGUGUUGCAGUCCCAUCCAACAUCUCUCGCAGACAACAUCACAUACAUUGAAUACAUGAAGAUGAGCAAAUAUUGCCUGUGUCCGCGAGGCUUCGACGUCAACAGUCCCCGCCUGGUGGAAGCCAUUUAUUACGACUGUGUGCCCGUUGUUAUUUCUGACGACUAUAUUUUGCCCUUCGCAGAUGUGUUGGACUGGGAUAAGCUGGCCAUUCGUGUCGCUGAGAAAGAUAUCAGCAGACUGAAACAGAUUCUUCAGGAGGUUCCCCAGGAGGUUUAUGAAUCCAUUCAGAACAGGCUCAAGUUUGCACGCAGGCAUUUUCUCUGGCAUGCAAGGCCUCUUCAGUAUGACGUCUUCAGCAUGAUUGUUCAUUCUCUGUGGAUUCGGAGACUCACGGCGUAGGUUAACUUGUACCUACUGCUAAAUCCAUUGUGUUUGUGUACUUGUUUGUGGAUUUACAAGAAUGUUUGUAAACAUUCUUAAACAGUAUGCUUAGUGCUUCAGUUUCUCUUUCCUAGUUGAUCAUAAUAUGCAUAUGGCAAUCUAACUAACAAGCUCAAAAUUUUAAGCAAUGACGUUAGUGGUUUUGUUA